AGGCGAGAAGGCGGCGUGGAUGAGCACCGCUCGGCUGCGCCUGUGUGCGGACGUUUCGCUCCUGACCCGCAUUUUGCCGCUUCCUUUCUGCAUUUUGGGAAAGGAGGGUGUUUGAGGGAGAAGGGAUACCACUGCAGAGACCCCCCCUCAAUGGCCCCGUGGCAUCUUUGAUCAACAGGCCAAGAACGGUUCAGAUUUGGAGAGGAAAGGAGAGCAGCAGCUCUCGUCUCCCAAAAGACUUCGAAAGGAGCGAAUUGGUUUGCAGAAACGCCGGAGAUGCCAAGGACGCGGAGGUGUUGUUUGAAAAUGGCAGUGACAUGGUCAGCCUGAAAGGACUUGGAAAUUUAUCCAUUGUGCCAGUUUGGGUAAAUCACUGACAUUGCUGCACCCAGCCUCCACUGCCUACUUUCCUUCAUCAUGGCCAAGAGUGCAGAAGUUAAGCUGGCCAUCUUUGGUCGAGCAGGAGUGGGGAAGUCAGCUCUUGUUGUGCGUUUUCUGACCAAACGGUUCAUAUGGGAAUAUGACCCUACACUUGAAUCCACUUAUCGUCAUCAAGCCACCAUUGAUGAUGAAGUCAUUUCCAUGGAAAUACUAGAUACAGCUGGGCAGGAAGACGUCAUUCAGAAGGAAGGGCACGUACGAUGGGGAGAGGGCUUUGUGCUAGUAUAUGACAUCACUGACAGAGGAAGCUUUGAAGAGGUCCUGCCACUUAAGAACUUGCUGGAUGAAGUCAAAAAGCCAAAAAACGUGACUUUGAUCCUAGUUGGAAACAAAGCAGACCUGGACCACUCAAGGCAGGUCAGCACAGAAGAAGGGGAGAAGCUGGCCACAGAACUAGCAUGUGCAUUUUAUGAAUGCUCUGCUUGUACAGGAGAAGGCAACAUCAUGGAGGCCUUUUAUGAGUUAUGCCGGGAAGUACGGCGACGGAAGAUGGUCCAAGGAAAGACCAGAAGAAGGAGCUCAACCACUCAUGUCAAACAAGCAAUCAACAAGAUGCUCACCAAAAUCAGCAGUUAAAUAAUAUAUGUGUGUGUGUUUCGACAUUUAUUGUAGAGAUAGGUUAAACUUGGGUGAAAAGAGAUCACAUGGUCAGAUUAUAAAAGAGCUUUGAAAAUUUGCUUUGUGGGACUACAGCUACCUGAAUCCCUCAUACAGCAUGGCUGCUGGCCAUGUUAGCUAGGGUUUUCUCAGAGCUGUAUUGCCCAAAAAAUAACUUUUCCAAGCUCUUGACUGCAGUUAGUAAACAAUACGCUCCAUGUUUUCUGCACUCUCUUUUAAACUAUCACAUUAUUCUUCCUGAAGUUAUGGCAAGUAAUGCAAGCUUUACAAUGAGGGUAGUUGCUCCACUCCAGUUUAGUUCACAGCCAAAUCAUAUUCUCUUUUUUAAAACACACUUAACUUAGAGAAUGAGGAAUGUAUUGGAAUGUGUCCUAUAGGUUACUCCUUUACCUACCCAGCAUGUUCACCAACCUUGAUUAUAUGAUGAUUUUUCAUUGGAUAAUAGGUUACUCUUCAUUUUGAUUGUAUUACUAUAGGUAACUUUUUACCAAUGAUUAUUACUUUUACCAUCAACUAUGUACCAUAAUACCCCUGAAAUCAUUCACAAAUGAUUCAUCUAUAACAUCCAGACAAUUGAUGAGUAUAAUCUGUCACACUUUCAGACUUAACUGGAAACCCAAGAAAGCAAAGAUCUGGGAACUUAAUGACCAGAUUGAGGUGACAUAUGGGAAAGCUCUACCUAGUGGUUCCAUUACAUCACUCUUAUAGAGAAUGGUGAUGCUAAAUAACUGCAUGCAUAUCUACCUUCAUCAGAUAUUGUCAUGUUACCAUUGCAACGACAUCCAGAAUUUUUACAAAGCCAAACAACUCCUCAAAAAUAGGCCAAUGACAGCACCAGAUCAUCCCAAUGACAAGAGUUACACAGUUGGGUUGUUGUGAGUUUUCUGGGCUAUAGUCAUGCCAGCUACAUGGCUAUGCCGGCUCUUCGGCUUAGAAAUGGAGGUGAGCGCCAACCCCCAGAGUUGGACACGACUGGACUUAAUGUCAGAGGAAAAUCUUUACCUUUACCUAUGGCCAUGUUCGAGAAGCAUUCUCUCCUGACAUUUCACCUGCAUCUAUGGCCAGGCAUCCUGUGGGAUCAGGCCUCACAACCUCUGAGGAUGCCUGCCCAUAGAUGCAAGCAAAACAUCAGGAGAGAAUGUUUCUCGAGCAUGGCCAUACAGCCCGCAAAAUGCACAACAACCAGUGACUUCAGCCAUGAAAACCUUCAACAGUUACACAGUUGCCAAAAAUGUGUAUCCACAUUAUACUAAUUUUCUUGAUUAUACUCUGAACAUCAGAAUUGCACAAUGGCUUUAAAAAUCUACAACCAUGUGCAUAGGGGAAACUUAAGACAAAUCUAAAGACACUACCAGGAUUCUGGAUGUGUUCUCCACUGUACUUAGUAGAACACUUCAGCCUGGCAACCAGCUUAGCAGGUGUCUAUAUGCUCAUUGUAGUGAAGUUGGCCAUUGAUAAAUGACCUGUUUGCCAAUAGUCAGUCUCUAAGCUUUUAGAAUGCUUAUAUAUCUUGCUGACAAUCUGUGGAUGGCAUACUAUAGACUUUAGAUCUUUUGAAACACUAUAUUCUCAUGCAUCGUAAUUUUAAAAGAAUGAGUGACAAUGCUUCCAUUGUGUCUUAUUUCCCUGGACAAUUAUAAUACCUACAUUUUGGUAGGACAUCUUCAAGCACUCAGCUAAUGGAAGCUCUACAAUGGGUUGAUGGAAUCCACGGCAUUUGCCUUGUUUAUUUCUUAUGUUGCUUUUCAGCUGUGGUUUUCCUAAUGCAUUACACAAAUGUUACAAUAACCAAUCACCCAGCUGCAAACAGAUUGUACCAAAAAGGAAAUAUAUACUUGGCUGGAAAGUGUCAUGUCUGUAAACUUUGCAAAGUUGGACAGAAUUUGUAAUAAUUACUCUUUUCACAGAGAUUUUG